AUGAUGAAGCUAAAGUCAACCCUAGCUUUUCUGGUCUUGUUAAGUUUGCUCCAAGUCUUCAAAUGUGAAGAAGAAUACGUUCAAACCUACUGCGGUAGAAGACUGGCUACAACAUUGGCAUUCCUAUGUGAUAAUUCUUUGGAGGAAAAGAGAUCCAACUACGUUAUAGGAGAAAGUAACAGGCCAUGGCUUUCAUUACAUAAAGCAAAGAGAUUAAGCAGGAACAAACGGCAGAUUGUCGCGGAAUGCUGCGAUAAGCCGUGCUCAGUUGAUGAGUUACUAACGUAUUGUUAA